AUGGGUGGACCAGACCCUGGGAGACGCGAUCGUGCAAUUUUCAGGAAGAGGGCUGGUACUUUGGUGGAUAAAGCACAUGCCCUAGCAAGUCUCUGUGGCGCGAAGGUAUAUCUUGUUAUAGAUCACCCCCGGGCAACAGUAGUCUACAAUUCCGUGGCAGAUGGUCAAUGGCCACCACCAGAAAAGACUAUGGAGCCUGCUUAUCCCCACGUGCAACGUUUGACAUAUUCAGACAUGGAGAUUGCGAAGGGUAGUGCCGAAAACGAUGAAGUGAAACAGCUUUUGCAGUACUACGAUUACCGUUCGCAGCUUCUACAAUCUAUCGACGAACAAGAUGAAGGAAAUGAUGCGAGUGAAGAAUCGAACACGAGCCAUUGAAGCAGUCAGCGAAGAGUUGACUGGAUAUCACAAGUCUAUUUGCGGACCAAAAGAGGCUCGCGUUAGUAGUUACAUGUGUUUUGCCAAUUAGGAUAUUGUGCCGC